AUGAUUGACGCGUACGAGUGGUCCAAGUUACCAAUACCAACAAGUACAAAUGCCAAUCGAUUCCACGAGUGCGGAAAUAUUUCGUGCAAUAUGCAGGAAAAGGUCUGCAAGAUCCAGGGGACGAUAAGGCACACGGUCACAAUGAUCCUGCUCGUCACACUGGUACAGAAGAGCCAGUCAGGACUCGUAUCAGUUGGGGAGCCCCACCACCAUCACCACCACGAGGAGCACAAAGAACACCAUCACGAGGAGCACGAGGACCACCAUCACCACUUUGAUCAUCACCACCACGUGGCGAACUCGUACAUGCAUUUCCACGGGCCGGUCGAGGGCCCGGAGUUUGAGGUGAAAAUCCCAUACAUCGAGCCACACCACCACCACCAUGACCACCACAACGAGCACAACGAGCUCCAUCACCGCAGCCAUGAGCCAAGUUACGUCAUGGACUACGUGGCUCAUCCCAAGUACGAAUUCUCGUACGGCGUCGAGGAUCAUCACACGGGCGACUUUCACAGCCAGAAGGAGAUACGCGAUGGUAGCAGCGUGACCGGCGUGUACAGCAUAGCGGAGCCGGGUGGCCGGGUGCGCGUGGUCAGCUACCGGGCGGACAAGGACGGCUUUCACGCGGACGUCCACAUGACCGGUAAGAACGACCACUCGAGCGGCACCUACGCCCACGAGGCCGGCGAGUCCCACCAUCACCACCACCAUCAGUUGCACUCGGAGGCAUCGACCCACAUAGAGCAGCAACAACAUUAUCCCCAUCAGCCCGAGCAGCCACAGCACUUCCAAGGGUACCCUGCACACGAGGGUGCUGCCUUCUCGUGA